CCCGAAUUACUUAUUUCGUCCCCAGAAGCCGUACUGUUGGUGCUGGCGAUCGAGGGGCCACAUGCUUGGCUUGUGGACUCUGUUCAUCCUCAGUCUUUAGCAUUUGGUCCCCUCUUCCUUACUCUCUCUCUCAAUCGUCAUCUAUUUAUGCAAAUUAUGUUCUUUAUCUACUCCCUUUCAGAUUAGCAUUCUAAAGUAGGCCACCAGUGACAGUCAAGUAUUUAUGGCUAAAGUACAUGGGAUCAUCUACUCUUCGGUUAAAAAUCCACAUCAUCCCAGAUUAAAUUGUAAUACUCGAGGACUGGUACCAAGGGAAUUCAGCCAUCGGCAGCCUUUUUGGUUAAAGUUGAAGUUAUCUGGCAAGGGGAAAUUGAUUACAUGUGAAAAAUUAAAUGGAUCAAGGGCGGCUUCUUUUUUAUGCCGGUCAAGAGAAACACAAACUGCAGAAACAAAAGAAUCUGUAGGCCACAAUGAAGAUUGCUCAGAUAAUUUCAGUAGAACUGAGGGCGGAGAUGGACAACAUUUUCAUCCCGAGAGAAUUGGUGUUACAAACCGGGCAUUAGCUGAAGCUUGUAAAUUUGCUUACAAUGAUGCUAGAUAUGUUAAUGAAAGAGCCAAGAGUGACCUUUUCUUGCUAUCUCGUGGUAUUAGGAAGUUGGAUGCUCGGGCACGCCAAGAUGUUGCUAUUCUGGGUUCGGGAUUUUUAAUGCUUGAUGCUCGGGCUAGGGAGGAUACUGAAAAGAUUGACAAUGACGUGAAGAAAAGAGCCGAGAAUCUCCAUCACAUUGCCCUUAUUUUACAUAACAAAGCUCAGUCUAAAUUGAAAAGCGUUGCUGAUCGACAUUGGAGUGAUGGAGCUUUGGAGGCUGAUCUCCGGCGUGCUGACUAUAUAGCCAAGCAGCGGGCAAUGGAAGAUGUCCUCAUGGCUUUAGAGUUCAUAAAAGACGUCCAUGACAUGAUGAUAAGCAAGAUGUAUGAACUGAAAAAUGGAGCUCUAUCUUCCGAUGACAUGGCGGGGCAAAUAACACUUGAAAAGAACGGAAUGGUCCUUGACUUUUUCCUUGGGGAGGUUUCAACUGAUCGCAUUACUGCUAUUCAGGAAGCUUAUCGGGAUAUGGCAUCUGCACUUUCUGAGGUUGAUGGAAUUGACUAUACCGACCCUGAAGAGCUUGAGUUGUUGGUUGCAACACUGAUGGAUCUCGAUGCAAUGGAUGGCAAAGGUAGUGUAUCAUUAUUGGCAGAGUGUUCAAGUUCUCCUGACGUUAAUACAAGAAAAGCAUUGGCUAAUGCUUUAUCUGUUGCACCAUCGAUGUGGACUCUUGGAAAUGCAGGCAUGGGGGCAUUACAGAGACUAGCAGAGGACAGCAACCCAACCAUUGCAGCUGCAGCAUCUAAAACCAUUUCAGAACUGAAGAGACAAUGGGAGAUAGAAGAAGGUGACAACUAUAGAUUCAUGAUGAAUCAAAUUCCAUUGCCCAAGCUAGACUACGAUGAUGAUGCCGAUGACGAUGAUGCAAUAUAAGACUAAAGCUAAUAGCAACUUAGAUAGAUAUCUUGAUAAACCGAGUAAUUUGUAGUGAUUAACGUCUAUGUAUGAUCGAUGGUUAAAGGUUUAAUUUCCGCAAAAAAAAA